UGUCACGAGAUGCCAACAGGCUGUUGCUGUGUCGUUGAGUGUGUUGAGUAGGAAUGUUUAAUAGGGUAAAAAAUGCGUUAUACAAUGUAGUUGGAGGAUUAGAGACUUUUCCAGCAAUAAAAGAUGGAGAACUUACAGAUAGGCCACCAUUAAAGUUCCGCUAUACUAGACCAACUUUUUUGCAAUUGACUACAGAUGAUGAAGUUCAAGUGUCAGCAGACCAUGUAAUUCGGCCUAUUAUCGUUCCAAGAGACAUAACAAAAUUGCCUUGGAACUCUGGUUAUGCUGAGGCUAUAAAUGCUGGUAAAAGUGUGAGAAAUGAAGAUCAGGGAACUGCUGUUAGAGGUGUAUUAUAUACUUCUGCUGCAAUAUCAGUUAAGCAUGACACUGAAGAUCAGUCCAUUCCAGUUCAACCAUUAGUAAAUGAUGAAGAAAUCAGAAAUGAAAAUGAUAUGGAAACUGCAAUGCCUGAGGAGCUUACUUCUUCACAGACCCUUAGCCCUCCUUUAGAUGAUUCUAAUUAUACAACACCACCAUCCACACCAGAAAUGUCUCGCAAAAUUGUGCUAGAUCACACAAUACCAUGGGUAUAUUUUGCAUUAUUUGAUGGCCAUGCGGGCUCUGGUGUGGCAGUUGCUGCAUCUAAUACAUUGCAUAAAAUUAUACAGGAAAAAUUACAAGAGGUUGCAGAUUUACUUACUAUGCCUCAAGCUCAAUUAAAUGUUGCAGCUAAAGGCGCAAAUGAACGAAAUAGUGCACAACCUCCUGGAUUUCAAGGUGUCUCUUCCAGCAGAGAUGUGACACCAGAUUCACUUAUUGUGGGUGCUCUGGAAUCAGCAUUUUGGGAAAUGGAUAGGUUAAUUUCAAUUGAUAAGAGGCAUUAUACAAUGACAGGAGGAUGUACUGCACUGGUUGCAGUUUUCAUGUUUGGUAAAUUGUAUGUUGCCAAUGCAGGGGAUAGUAGGGCUGUCAUAUGUAGAGGCAGUAAAACCAUUCCUAUGUCAUCAGACUUCACACCUGAGACUGAGCGAAAUAGAAUAAGAAAACUUGGCCAGUUGCGUCCAGAACUUUUAGGUGGUGAAUUUACGCACUUAGAAUUUGCUAGACGUCCUGCUAGAAAAGAUUUAGGAGAAAAAAUUCUUUACAGAGAUGCAUACAUGAGUGGAUGGUCGUAUAAAUGUAUAUCUAUGGAUGAUCUCAAGUUUCCACUUAUAUAUGGUGAAGGUAAAAGGAGUCGAGUGCUUGCUACAAUUGGUGUGACAAGAGGAUUUGGGGAUCAUGAUCUAAAAGCUUUAAAUACUGAUAUUGAUAUCAAACCAUUUUUAUCUCCAGAACCUGAAGUUUAUAUGAUUUGAAUAGAAGCUCAUCAGUGGACAAGGUGUACUUUGUUUUAAAUGCAGGUACAGUCAAAAGUCAUUAAUCCGGACCCAUCGGGACUUCAGCGAUUCCGGAUUAUCGAUUUUUCCGG